AUGUCCUUGGAUCCGCUCCGCGGCUCAUGCUCUUGUGGUCGAAACGAAUACCAAAUUAAUAUCCCGGACGAUGUGACAGACCAUGCCGAAGUAUACUUUGACAGCAGCCGAGACAAUCGUCGAUUUCACGGAACACCUCUUUCGGCGUGGCUUCGAGUGCCUCUGGGCUGGUAUCAAUCUCACACCCUCUCCUUCUUCCCAGAUGAAUCACACUCUUCCAUUCGCCGCAUUUAUUCGCCCCGCCAUGCACCCCAAACCCAGCGUGUCUUCUGUGGUUACUGCGGUACACCCCUGACAUUCUGGACAGAGGAGCCCCUCGAAGAAUCUAACUUCAUGUCUGUCACGAUUGGUAGUCUGCGAGCGGAUGACCAGCGCGCGCUGGAAGAUCUAAGAUUAGUUCCUCGGGACUUUGACGAGGAAGUUCCCGGUGCCGAUGUGUCGACCUCGUCUGAUCUAGCACCAGCCUCACAGACCGCUUCAUCUUCGGUUAUUGUUCCGUCAUCUACCGAUUCUCUGAAUAUCUCAAGAAGUCUACAGCACGGUAGGACGGGGGGAAUCCCUUGGUUCGAAGAGAUGGUAGAAGGGAGCCGCUUGGGUCGUUUGAUGCGUGCUCGGCGUGGUAUGGGAGUCAGCGAUGACCAAACGACUUCAGUCCAGUGGGAAUUUAGCGAAUGGCAUGAUGAUGGGACCGGUGCAGGUGGGUUUUUGCAACCGGAUUCGGACUCAAGCGGAUACUUAAGGGGAAAUAGGAAGCGGGUGAAUCAGGGCGAUGUUGAGAUUGAGUCUCCACCGAAGCGAGCAGCGUAA